AUGUUAUUUGACGAGGCACUAAGCCAGGACCUCGCUUACUUUCGGCAGAACCGUUCUUCCUGUAUCCUACUACAGUAUUUAGAUGAUCUACUCCUAGCUGCGGACUCAGAAAAAGAGUGCAAAACAGCCAUGGAGGAUCUGCUACAACACCUAAAGACUCUUGGAUAUUGCGUCUCAGCCAAGAAGGCCCAACUCUGCACCAUGCUUCUGUUUAUGAUCAGUUUGGCGUUACAGAUCAUCCAUUUGGGAAACACCUAUCAAAGAGAGAAACAUAAAGGUAGUAGAGAAGAAAUUAACAACGCUACAGUUCAGAAGUUCCAGCAGAAAACACACAACUGGACUCUGAAUAAUAUAAGGGAGGUGAAUGGGAGCUCGGAGAGCUGGAGGUCUGAGGACUUGCUUCUCCACUCCAGGGCUUCCCAAGAGGGUGCACCCUCGCAGCCACAUUGCUGUAUGAACGGUGGCACUUGCGUGCUGGGUAGCUUCUGCGUGUGCUCUGCCCACUUCACCGGCCGUUACUGCGAGCACGACCUGAGGCACAGCGAGUGCGGCGCCCUGGUGCACGGAUCCUGGACCUUCCGCGGCUGCCUGCUCUGCAGGUGCGUCUUCGGGGCCCUGCACUGCCUCCCCCGUCAGACACCCGGCGGCUGCGGUUCCACAAAAGUUCCAUUUUUUCUGACUGCAGCACAAGGAAUGGAGAAGCUGAAGGCAGGCACAUAUUCCUUGAGCUGUGCCCCCAAGGCUGGCUUCCUCCUGCAAACCUGA